AUCUGCUUGUCGACACCUCACACCUUGUGUUCCAGUGAUGUUCGCUCCGCCAUGGUGCCAUCAUUGCAACAUUUGGUCUUCACAACUUUUCUGGCUGAAGAAGUCUACUGUUGGUAUCACUUAAACUUCACAGAAUAUCAAAAGUAUGCUGAGGACUCACAAAUUUUCAACCCAAACUCUGCAGGGGAACAACUAGAUACAAAUGCUAAUUUAACAGAGGAACAAUGGAACAGUAACUCAACCACCAAGAAAACCUCAGGUAUUCAUGACUUGUAUAUUGAUUUUCGCAGAAUUGGCUUCCAAAUCUUUGUUCAGAAACUGAUCGAAGGAUUACGUAUAUUGAGAUACUUUUUGGAGAUUGACCCACCAGUAGUAAAACUCACAGAUUUGUAUACACACGUCAAUGAAACAAGCAAUAAUUACAAUAACACUUCAAAUCUUACUUCAGGAACGACCAACGAGUACUUUGAUUAUUUAAAUGAUGAAAAUUAUAUAGAAACAACAACAGAAUCACCUCUAAAAAACAACCUAACAGAAAAUCCUUUGGACAAAGUAACAGAAAAUAUUAAAGAAAUGAAAGAAAACACAGAAAAGGUAGAAGAAUCAAAGGUACAAACUGAGAGCCAACCUCCACACAAUGACAGUGUAAAAUCAAAUGAAAUAAAUCGACAAUCUGAAGAAGAAGUGGAAAAGAAACCUGAAGAAGGAUUUUUCACGAGUGUGGCCAAUCAAGUUGCUAGUAUUUUUCAUUCUUUUACAAACUGGUUUAAAAACAUAUUUUACAAACUUUAUAAACAUAGCUGACUUCUGGUUAUAGUUUUUGUACCAACAUUGUACAAUAAAUAAUACAUUAUUCAAAUUUUGUACUACAAUAAACACGUUUUGUUAGAUAUUCUAAA